GCAAAGGAAUAUGCUCCUCGACUUCGAGAUUGCGGUCCUAUUCCAGUUUCUGUGUUCCAAAAAUACAUCGCUCGUUGCGCAGCGAUGACGAUGCGACCGCGCAAGCAACCAGCGGCGAGCCUCUACCUUACGUUGAAAGUCAUCCAAGCCAUCAAACAGCUUCGUAGGCAUGCGAGGCCGACCGUGUCGAGCUUCUCGAGCAGAAUGUCAGGUCUUGGCGGGACUCAUUGCCACCGACUAGAGAUGGAUGCUUUGAGGAAGAUCGAAAAGAGUCUGUCACGGGUUAGCCCACAGAGCACGAAGCAGCUCCGUCAGUCUUCGAACCGAGUGUGCAAGAGUCGCCGGGGGACCAGGCCAACGUUAAGGCUGGAGACCUCGGGUCGGGAUGAUCCCGUGGAUCCAAACGCCACUAGCGAUAAGAUGCAACACGUGUUCAACCUCCUAGACGGAAAGGUCAGUCCUGCAUUGACCACAGCAACUUGCUCAAACGACAAGCUCUUCCUCCUCAAACAAAACGAAGCGUCGUUCGAGGGGUGCUCCAUGAACGAAACGAUCCAAAAUCUAAUUUUGGUGUACAACGCUAUUGAAGUUUUGAAUGCAGUGCGAUCGACACAUGAUGAUGAGUUGCUCAUUGCGAAAGGCGAAGAUUUUGGAUUGGACAUUGACGAGAAGUUCAUUGCCAAUUAUUCGCACAUCUUACUGUCGCUGCAGGCAAUGUUGCUAGAGACGCUUGCGCGCAAAGUUGUCGAGACUCUGAUCGAGAAUGACAUUGACAAGCGGCAACGGAGGCUUCUGAAUUGGCUCCUUUCAUCGGCGCAGCAUCCAUUGGACAGUCAUCUGCUCAGCACGACAUGGCCAUGGUCUUUGAAACCAUCUCUCGCUGUGCUCUGGGGAGUGUGCUGGAUGUUCUACUACCCCGAGCAACGAAACGACAAAGGGGCCAGUAGCGAUGAGGCAUCAUCUAGCGAGCGUGUGCGGCGAGACAGGUUUCUGGCAGACGAGUGGUUGCAGAGCUGGAAUGUGCCGGCUCAGAACGACUAUCUGAAUUGGGGAUUGCAAAACCAAGCUCUCCUCAGGCAGUCGGAGGUUGGACUUGCCGAUGAAUCCCAGGCCGGGGGUCUUGGCGACGACGUUAGUCAUGACAGUCAUGGACCCGGUAGGCCUGGGCACGCUAGUGGGGAGACCCUGGUCGAAGAUCACUUUGGUCUAGGCGCCCAAUACGCCUCAACUACUACUUAUCCACCUCAUUCCCUCGUGUCCCGGCCCUUUCAAGAUCAAGUCCAAAUCCAAGUCCAAGCAUCUGAUUUAUUACUGGACCCUGCAAGCUCAAGCAGCAUUGCCACGAAUCAUCCCCAUCACCGUAAUAGUGAUUCACAAGUACAGGAUACUUGCAUUUUCGCUUUUACUCAACCCGACCAGCCAUUCGCUGUAAACGUCAACGUCAACCAAGACGACCACGACGCAUACCAGGCGUGGUCUAACCAGUUGACGCAACCCGCAUUGCCACCUCUCGAACAGCACAGUCACAGUCGUCACCUGAAUACGUCCGUAUCCGUGCCCACUGUUAGAGUCAACCAUAGCGCGGAAAACCAAGGGUUUCCUGCUGCGCCACUAAAUUUCGCGGCCUACACCAACACACCUGUAUAUCAUCGUCAACACCUCCAACCUCAGGCGCAACCACCGCAUAUUCACACCGACUUUUCUUACGAUCCUCAAGUAUCCUUCCCUGCCGCCAACGAUAUGGGAGGCCACGAGCGCAACGAUUCUGUGAAUUCUAUUUCCAACAUGCCAACUCCAAUCAGCAUCGCCGAGACCCGUUCUCCUCUGCUUUCGCCUGUAGGUGGGCCACGCCGACCUUCCAUCACCAGUUCUCAUGGACAUGUCACAUCAAGACAUCCAUCCGUGUCGGAAGAUGGAGGAGACGUCGAUCGUGACGGAGACAUUUCGCCUAGGAGGAAUAGUCCCUUCAAGCGCUCCGAAGAGCCUACUAAGAAUGCUGAGGGCAAGAUGAUAUGCAAACAUCCUGAUUGUUCAACCCUAAUCUUCGAUCGCAAAUGCGAGUGGAGUAAACAUAUGGACAAACACGACAGACCCUACAAAUGUACUGCAAAGGGCUGCGAGAAGCUCCAGGGUUUCACCUACAGUGGAGGCCUCUUGCGCCACGAGCGCGAAGUUCACAAGAUGCACGGCGGCACCAAGAAGUCGCUCUACUGCCCCUUCGCCGACUGCAAACGCAGCACUGGCGCCGGCUUCACGCGCAAGGAGAACCUCGCUGAGCAUGUUCGUCGCGUACAUCGUCGUACGAGCAUGUCUUCGGACCUUGGGAACUUGAUCAUUCGUCGCUCAGACACUCUUAGAGACGAUGCCUCGGAAAGCCGUCUCUCCCCUGAGAUGUCAUAUCCUCGAUCGCUCGACGGAGACGACGAUUACAGUCUCAAGCGUAAGAGAUUCUCUGAGGCGGGGAUCUCUGAAGCAGGUGAUGAGCCUGAUCUCCGGUCCGAAGUGAAGCGUCUGCGUAGCCUUAUCGAGGCCAGAGACCGAACGGUUGCCGAUCUCCGAGAGGCCAUAGAUGCUCUCCAGCAACAAGCUCGAAGGUAACAUUCAUGGGACGGAGUGGACGCGGAAACGGAAACGGAAGGCGUUUUCUUUUACACUAGAGCGGCGACCUCUUUAACGACAGUAUGAACCCAUAUAUCCUCACCCUACUUUUUGUUAUCAAUGUAUUCAAUAAUAUCGACUACCGGAGGCUCUACUCUAGCAUGGGUGGGAAAUCGGACAAAUGUACUACUCUCUAAACGGAUGCACUGCGGGAUGGAACUAAUUUCUUUGUUUUUCUCUGGGUUGGCUUUUUUUUGUUUUAUGAUCACAGAUGCAAGAUACCACCCCUUUCUCUGGCAGAAAAAGACACUCGCUGUAGAUACUUGCUUGAGGGUCUGGUUUCUGCCCCUUUUGUUGUAGAAGAAAUUAUAUCUCCAUAAC